UUUGAUUGUCGUUCCCGCCAAACGCAAUCCUAUCGCACACGGAUCGUACAGGUAGGAAAAAUUGCAACGUUUUCACUAAUUAACAGUUGUAUAUGAAGGUUGUGACGAAAAGUUCUUAUUUCUGAGAUUAUCGAAAGCUAAGCUAAGGUUAGCUGAUAGUUUGCUACGGCAGCAUAAUGGAGGAUCAGGUGUUUCGGGCAAAAUACCAAAAGUGCAAGUACCGCGUGAAGCAAUGGGAAAAAGAGUUUAAGAAAAAGUAUGGCCGAAUUCCGUCGAAGCUCGAUAUUCGUGACUCACCUAGUGAGAUUAAAAAUUCAUACAAAAUGUAUUACCAACUGAAAACGACUCUUCUGAAGAACACGCUGCUAGAAGCAUUGGACGAUGAUGAUGAUUUCGAUGGUUCAUUAAUAUCCCAAGAAUCGAGCUUUUUGCAAGACCCCAGCGACAUCUCAGCAAUGCUAUCCUCCGGUACGGUGUUGAAUGAUAGUGCACUUGCAAAUACCAGCUUAUCGAUGAGCAGCUUGCUUACGAAACCGAUCGCCGACGCACGAUCCGAUACAACUUUCGAGGCGGAAAAGCUGGAGCAGCACAACUUGAUUGCUUGGCAGGGAGAGAAAAGCCGCAAAAGUGUUCAGACUGCUAGCAAAGCAAAAGAAGCAACUGAAACGCCCAAACCGGUAACCCUAAAGGGCAUCCAACUGUUGCCUAAAUCGAGCUUAUUAAUUCCUAAACGUAAUCCGCGUAAAUCGCUUUCACGCAAUUCGUUUGGACCUGCGUCCCAAAGCAGCGCACAAGCGCUGCAUGGAAAUGGAAGCAAAAUAGUUCUUCCCGACCUAGAAACGCUACUCACCGCUAAAUCGAAGGAGUUGGAGUGUACUGUUUCGAAAGUGGAGGAGAAACUGGCCGCUCCACCUUUGGUGCCAACGGCUAGCGAACCAAUCAAUCAGCUGGAUGAACGAUGGAUAAGUCGUCUUUCUGGAGGAUCGAUAGAAAACGGUUCACCUGCCUCCGUCAGUGCUAGCAGCGAUCGGCCAACCAACUUUGGACUUCGAAAUGUAAAUGUUGCCUCACUCGCAUCGGCCACAAGCUUCGGCAUGUCUUCGCUAAGCGUUGCGGAUGAUAGCAUCGUAAAAGAAUCGCCCAGCGCAACGCCCAUGCAACACGGCAUUCAAAACACGGCGUACGAUGUGCCGGUGCAGUCGGAUUCGGACGGGGUGAUCGAAAACUCGGAAGACGAAUCGACACAAACAUCGCCCGGAAUGUUGCACAUUGCUAAAAAGCGUAAAAUUUUCACUUCGAUCAAUCGCAGCCUGGAAGAGCGUGCAGAUGGCACAACAAAAUCGACGACGACGGAACCGGCACAGUCGGUGCCGGAUGAAAGGAAGGACGUAGAAAAUCAGGAUCCAAAGGAAGCUACACCAGAGGAACCCUUGGAGAAGAGGGGAAGAAAGCGAGCAGUUAAUAAAAAGCCUCCAAAAGCUGCUAAGAAGAAGGUCGUUAAGGAAAAAAUAAAACCUUCCAUCGUACCACGAGUUCGACCGAAGCGCACCAACACCGGAAAAGGAACUACCUACAAAGCGCCAACGUUGGAAGGCGAGGAAGAAGAACUGGAGCCAGCAUUUUCCUCUGACGACGAGGAUAAAGAUCCAAACUAUGGGCCCAAACAGCUCGAGAUGCAGGAUGAAUCGUUGCCUGCCGAUCACGAUGAGUCGGAUCAGGAAGAGGUGAGGGAAAAACGAUCUCCACGAUCUAAACAGGCGAAGGUCACGCGUACAGUUGCGCCGAAGAAACAGACAGUGAAAAGGGGACGACGCACGGUCGUAAGCUCAACGGCCAUUUCACCCAAGCUUAGUCCUGGCUCAUCAAAACCGAUCGGUAAAGCAAGAAAGGUAAAAAAAUCCACUCAACGUAAGAUCGAUGCAGAAGAAGAGGGCCCCACCGUAGAAGAACCGCAAGAAUACGUUCCCGAGUUUGGGCUGGACCGGUUGAAAAGCAUUCCACGCAUCGAUAUCAAAGAGCUUGUGCGCGAUACGCAACUUGCGAACAGUUUUAUUGCUGGUGCGAUGGGUGGUGCUGGAGCCGUCGACAAGACUGCAUCCCCGGCUAGCGGCAACGAUAAGGCACUCCGCAAAAAGAUGGCGGCCGGUAAGCUGAACGAAAAUUUCGUCCGCAUCGAUAUCCGGAAGAAGGUGUUCGUGAAGGGUAAGAAAACGAUUAACUACAGCCGGUACAAGAAAUCGCAGUGGAAGGCGAAGAAGGCUGCCGCCCUGAGUGGGCCCGAUAUGGACAUGCGGGGCUGCGAUGGAGGCGUACUGACCUGCUUCCAGUGUGGCGGAACGGGCCAUAUGGCGUUUCAGUGCAAAAAGCCGGCGGAGGAUAAGCUGCUCCCGUACGAUGCGGAUACGAUCGAGGAAUCUUCGUUCCCGACGCUCGAGGAAGCGGAAGCCAUGGCCAAGUCUCAAACCGUGAUAGUGCAUUCGAAUCGGAUCGAAAGCCUUCCACCCGUUGCCAAUCCUACCUGGAAGGAACGUGCAGAAGAGCAGGCGGAAGAAUCAGAAGCAGCACUACAGGAACAAGAAUUAGGCAAAGAGGAACCGAAUGUUCCAAAGCUGGACGACUGGGAGGAUUCGUUGAAGGAACAGAAGCGACAAGACGGUACGCCGCAUACCACCGAGAGCGUUUCUUCCAAACCGUCCUACAUCGGACAUAAAAUACCGGAAGAUUUUCUCAAACAAUCCAAACUGCUUGAAUCGACCGUUUCGGGUGGAUUUAAGGGUACGAUUGAGCCGCUUUACCGGAUUACCCCCGACAGCGGGCUUCCGUCAACGCCUUCCGAAGUGUUUGAUGCUUUACGUAUGUUUGGUCACAAAAGCUUCCGCCACGGUCAGGAACGGGCCGUUAUGCGUGUGCUGUGUGGAAUGUCCACACUGGUGACGCUCAGUACGGGUGCAGGUAAAUCGCUCUGCUAUCAACUGCCGGCGUACCUUUACCGGCAGCAGCGCAACUGCAUUACGCUGGUAAUAUCUCCGCUCGUGUCGCUGAUGGAGGAUCAGGUGCAUGGGAUGCCCGAUUUUCUGAAUGCUCACUGCCUCCACACAAACCAGACGCCGAAGAUCCGUGAUCGUACGAUGCAAGCGAUAAGCGCUGGCGAAGUGGACAUUCUCCUAAUCUCCCCGGAAGCAGUCGUAUCGGGCGAGAAAUCGACCGGGUUCGGUUCGUUGCUGCGACAGCUUCCUCCGAUAGCUUUUGCCUGUAUCGACGAGGCUCACUGUGUGUCCCAGUGGAGUCACAAUUUCCGUCCAAGCUAUCUGAUGAUUUGCAAGGUUUUAAAGGAAAAGCUGGGAGUGAAAACUAUAUUAGGUCUAACAGCGACAGCCACCGUCCAAACGAGACAAAGUAUCGUUUCGCAUCUUGCGAUACCGGACGGGCUGGAGGGAAUAAUCAGUGACAUUCCACUACCGGACAAUCUGUUGCUGACCGUUUCACGCGACGCUAACCGGGAUGCGGCACUAGUGAAUCUGCUUCAAUCGGAACGAUUCAGCUCGCUUCAAUCAAUCAUCGUGUACUGCACACGGCGCGACGACUGCGAACGGGUGGCAUCGUUCAUUCGUACCUGCUUCCAAGAUGCGGCUCGUGCCGCGGCGGAAGCUAGUGCGAACAAGCGCAAACGACUAAACUAUGUGGCGGAACCGUAUCAUGCCGGCAUGCCCGCUUCACGCCGUCGUACGAUACAGAACGCUUUCAUGAGCGGCGAACUGCGUAUUGUGGUGGCCACGAUCGCGUUCGGUAUGGGUAUUAACAAGGCGGACAUCCGGGCCAUCAUUCAUUACAACAUGCCGAAGAACUUUGAAAGCUACGUGCAGGAGGUGGGUCGUGCUGGCCGCGACGGACUACUCUCCCACUGCCACCUGUUUCUCGACAACAAAGGCAACGAUCGGAACGAACUGCGGCGCUUUAUCUACGCCAACUCGAUCGAUCGUCACGUGAUCCGGAAGCUGCUGCAGAAAAUCUUUGUACCGUGUGCUUGUGCAAAGAUACUCGAGAACAAACAUCUUGCACAAGAGUUGCGCGAGGAGUUGAAAGCGGUCAACGGUAUCGAUUGGGAUGAUGAUUUCGAGGAGAUGUUGCCGAACGAACCGGGGCAAACCGAAACUGCUGCCACUGCUCGGAAACGGCUGUGUCCGGGGCAUGAGAUAUGCUUUCCGAUAGAGGCAACCGUACAGCAGCUAGAUAUUCCAGAGGAAAACAUUGCGACCUUCCUUUGCUACCUGGAGCUGGAGGACCAGCGCUACAUACAGGCGCUCAGUCCGGCCUACACGAUGUGCAGGGUAGUGUCGUACGCAGGCGCUCGGCCACUGCGACAAGCGGCGAAGGAAUGUCCGCCGUUGGCGAUGGCAUUUGCGCUCGAUUUGAAACGCGGUAUUUCGCAUGCCACUUCGACGGUGAUCGAGUUUCCGGUGAUAGACGUAGCGUCCGCCAUCGGUUGGGACAGUGGCGUGGUGAAGUAUCAGUUGAAAAGGCUCGAAUGGACCACUGUUAAUAAUGCUAAUAAACGUUCACCACUGUCGGUGAUGUUCACCGAGCUCGGGUUCCGACUCCGCGCGCCUGGUGAUCUGACCGACGAAGAGUUGGAUCGUGCACUGGAUGGGCUUUACGAACGCGUUACUCGCCAGGAACGUACUCAGCUGGCACAGCUGCAGUACAUCUCGGAAGCAUUAAACUCGGUAUGCUUCAACACCAUCGGUCCGAUAAGUCGUGUGGAUUGUCCCACCGGACCGUCGGAGAAGCUGAAGAGCAUCGUGAGGAGCUACUUUACGACUGAUAUUAGUAAGCAAAAUAUAGAAAUCGUACCAGAGCCUGACGAUACAACGGACGAGCAGCUGAUAGCGGACAUUCGCACAACAAUAUGCCGCUAUCCGGAAAACAAUUUCACGGGACGAGCGAUUGCGAGACUGUUUCACGGCGUGCAAAGCCCCAACUAUCCCGCCUUGGUGUGGUCGCGAUCAAAUUUCUGGCGUUCGUACACCAAAACGGAUUUCAACCGGAUCGUGCGCCUAGCUAAUGCGGAAAUCGUACGAAUGCGAACUUGAA